GAAUUUUCAUAACUUCGCAUACAACUCUGGUUGAUUGAAUUCAAAAUGGCCGUCACCAACAAAAAAACUAAAAUUUCUGUACAGUGAAGAAGCGUCCGAGAAAAGUUCGAUAUACCGUGUGUGUUUUCAAGAUUUUCACAAUUUUUUAUUGGAUAAAGGCCAUUAAUUAUGAAUUUCUGUACACUAAACAUAUUGUAAUAAGUUCGGAAAUAUGAGUUAAAAGGAUUAUCCUUAAUUAGAGACUAUUUUUUUUUUUGGUCAGAAAAUUUUCUCUACGAAAAUAUCGUUUUUAAUUGUGUGAAGGAAAGAAAAGAACAAAGUGUAUUGGAUAAAUAUACGGUUCGCUGUGACAAGCAAAUAGAAAAAGUGAAAGCAGACAAGAGAACGUGCAUUGAAAACCUCUGCAAAAAUUGUGUACUAAUCGACGAUACCGCAAAUAUUUUUAUUAACUGAAAGCAAAAACGAAAAUGUUAGCAAACACAUUUAAUUAAAAAAAAUAGUAAGAGCUGCAAAGCUUCAAAAUUAAACGGUAUUGCUUGUAAUAUUGUAUGCUCACGGGAAGUUAAACUAGUGUCGUUUCGUUUGACAAACUGCAAACGCAGUGCACUUUUAAUUCGGCUAUGGAGUUUGAGGAGCUUGAAGGUAUCGCCAAAACGGACUUCGUUCCGCUCAUGCCGCUUAUAAAGCAAGAGCAAAUAGAUACGGCUAUUCCCGAGAAUGCCGUAGCGGAACAACUUGCAGGUGUCGGAAAUGCAGCUACGGCGACUACGUCCUCGUUUUCAGCCUCGUCAUUUGGAAAUCCCUGCGAUAGCGCUGAGAAGCGGUCGGAGUCGUCAUCGUCAGCUUCCACAAAAUUCGCACUACUCAAGUGUGUAUGGUGUAAUCAACUACUUGGCAUCAAUGAUCGCCCUAAACUCUUGGAAUGCCUACAUGUUUCCUGCUCACAAUGUAUCAGUACGAAAUUCUCCGAAGUGGAUCGUACCAUGCCGCCACUUAUCCAUUGCCCUGUUUGCAAUAUGGCAUCGCAGAAUGAAUUUAUCAUUGAUAAUCAAUUUUUAAUUGAACAAUGUACCGCUGCUGGUGAUAACAGUUUAGCUGAUGGUAGUUCUGCAGAUGCAACCAAAGCGACAGUUACAGCAAAUAUCACAUGCAGUAGUUGCUCUGAUAACGCUGUAGCGACGUCAUGGUGUGUAGAUUGUUCCGAAUAUAUAUGUGACAGUUGUGUACAGGCACAUCAACGUCUCAAGAUCACCAAGGAUCAUACAAUUAAGCCAAAAGAGGAAGCCAAUAAUGAACAAUUACCCGGUGCUGCUGGUGUGGAUAAAUUACAUAUGUGUCAUCUACAUCCACAAGAGAAAUUGUCGCUAUUCUGUGAGACAUGCGACAAGUUGACCUGUCGUGAUUGUCAACUUAGCGAUCAUCGUGAUCAUAAAUAUAAAUUUGCCCAUGAAAUUGCUACCGAGACACGUCAAGCGUUGAAAACGCUCGUUUCGGAAAUAAACUACAAGCGCUUCCUACUCUCAUCUGCCACUAAAGUGAUUGAUGAUCGACAAAAACAAAUUGCCGAUCGUAAGAAGGAUCUAAUCAAAGAAAUUACCGCAAUGGUGGUGAAGAUCACAAAUACGGUUAAUAUGCGUGGCAAACAAUUAGCUAUGCGUUUGAAUGAAGUUUGCGAUACUAAAAUGAAGGUAUUAAUCGAGAAGAAGGAUGCAUUACAAUUACUCUCCGAUAACACUGAUCAUUGCAUUGAAUUUAUGGAGAAUGCUAUGGAGAAGGGUAGUGAUUAUGCCAUUCUAUCUAGUAAAAAAUCAUUGGUGCGACAUUUACAGAAGCUGAAAUGUCAACGAGCAGAUAUACCAAAUCCAGAGAUUCCUGUGCGUAUACAAGUACAGUUAAACCAAGUUUCCGAACUGCAGAAAGUUAUUUCGCAGCUUGGCACCGUUAUUGUAGAUGGUAAACCUUAUCCACCAACACCUUCUCCUAAUGGACCACCACGUCAACAACCGAGCCCCAAUAUGGCGCCACCCUUACGGCCUGGUCUGCCUCCCGGCUUACCUGCUGGUAUGUCUCCUACGGGUCCACCCGGCGGUUAUGGACCCCAAAAUGGUCCACCAAUAUACAAUAAUAGUACUCAGGCACAACAACAAUUCAACAAUAUGCAGAUGAAUCGCAACUUUGCCGCCGAGGGCGCAGGUAAGGUACGUUUCGGCGCUAUGCCACCAGUUGGGAUGCAGCGUCAAGGCCAGCCACAUGUUAGUUCCUCAACACAUCCACAAAAUAUGGACAUGAGUUUGCGUGGUCUAUUAAAUAAUCAGGCAGCUCAGAGUCCUAACCAGGCGCAUAUAUCGUUUAACGGGCCACCCACCUAUCCAGGUGGGCCACAAGGCGCAGCUUCACCACACCAGCAAAUGAACACUCAAAUGAGGCCGCAUUUUAUGGGCGGUCCUCCAGGCCAACAACAUCAGAAUUACCCGCAGAAUACGCCUGGUGGACCGAAUAACCCGAAUUACAUGAACAAUACUGCGCGUUUUCAGGGCUACCAACGCAUGUCGAGUCACGCGCAACAACAAGCCGCGGUAGCAGCCAUGUCAAGCGGGGGCGGACCUGGUGGUCCAUGCGGCAGUCAAAUACCGUCGCCAAACGCCAUGCAGCGUCCUCAAAUCAUGUCCAAUCCAAUGCAGAAUAACCUGGGGUUUCACGGGAGCCAGCCUGGCUACAGUCCCGGUCCUCCUCAGGCCUCUCCACAAAUGAAUAGCAGCUUGAGUAGCAUGCAUAGCAUGGCCAAAUGGCACAUACCUCAAUCGGCACAGCAGACAAAUGCUUGUCCACAACAAGGUCCCCUAAUGCAGUUUGCCAAUGGCCGUCAAACGGAAAACUUUAAAAUUUCCUUAAAAUCUCCAAAUACUCUAAAGAAUACUACACCACCAAAUGGCAGCUCGUCCGCACACAGUAUGCAAGGCAACAGUGCGUCUAGCUUGCAUGCAGCUUCGCUUGGGCUCGGGCCAGCUGUAUCAAUAUUACCUAAUGUCACAUCUACGAAUCCAAAGACGCCGAGCCCAAGUACUAACGAGAACGCAAAAGAUUUCACUGAACCGAUUGACAAGGUUCGUGAUGAUUCCAUAAAUGAUCUAAUUGCCACAAUUGCCAAAUUAGAUUCGAAUGGUGUUCAAGUCUUGCCAGAGGGGCGUACCAAAACCACAUCACCACAAGUGCAUAGCUCAACCGAUCUUUCCAAUACCCAAGAAGUUAAUACUAAAAAUGAUCAAAAAGACGACCCGAACGAAGAUUGGUGUGCCGUUUGCCUUGACGGUGGAGAGCUCAUGUGCUGCGACAAGUGUCCGAAAGUAUUCCAUCAAAAUUGUCACAUACCUGCCAUCAGUUCUUUGCCCGACGAAAGUGAAAGUUGGCAAUGUCUAUUGUGCGUGAACCUUAAAGAUUUGGCUAACAAUGCAGAGAACACACAGAAAGCACCCGGCGAAUUGAGUCGACUUGAAUUGCAGAUCAUGCAGCGCAUUUGUCUCGAAUUGUACUGUCAGUAUGAGCAGAGUCUACAGUUUCGCGAACCGGAACCACCUACCAAUACAGCCUAUUAUGAAAUUGUUUGCAACCCGAUGUCUUUAGAUGUUAUACGUUCACGAUUAGAUCCUACCAGUCCAAAUCACUAUAAGGAUAUCGCUGGUUUCGUAUCAGAUGUACGUUUAAUAUUUAAAAAUACCUACCUUUUUUAUCAAGAGGAUUCCAAGACAUUCACAAAUGCAAAAUAUUUGGAAAACUUUUUCGAAGAACAACUAUCCAAAUGGUUGCCAAAUUUUGCCAGCAAAACGAAUUCCAAUAUAACCAAUGGCAGUGCACAAAAUACACAUAAUCCUAAUGCACCAAGUGUUAGUAAUAAUAGUGCGUCCACGUCGUCAGCACCUUCGCCAGGUCUCAUGAAUCUAGCAGCUAGUGGUGCUGUGGCUUCACCUGGUACUAUUGCCACAAUGGAGAAUGGCAGACGGAGUUGCAGUGCAGCUGUUAGUGGUGAUGAUGACGGCUGCACUCCGGCGAAACGAUUACGUAAACUAACCGAAUAGGACAAAUUUAAUCAGCUACUUAACAGCAUGCUGGCAACAAUCAAUAAUGGCAAUGAUAGCGAAGAAGUUCUUGCAUUGCUAAGUCUAUGUUGUACGCCUCAGACACAACAGGGUUUACUACUAUGUGACGACCGAAACAAGGAUUGUAAAAAUUGUUAACGAUAAAUGCACAACAAAAAAAAAAAAGUUUUAAUAAAAAUGUUGCAAAUGUUGCAACUGAAAGACAAACAACUAACUUUGCAAAUACAUAUAUUGACAUCAUCAGUUUAUCUGCAUUUCGUUACACUAUCAAAACAAAUCGGUGUUUGAGAGCAACAAGUGAAUAGUGAAAGGAAAUGUACUCGUUUAAUAUAGUGAUUUACGAAAGAUUUUAUUGGCAUCGAAUUUACACAAGUAAUGUCACAGCACGGACACCAAAAAAAAUAUAUGAUGCUGCUGUCUACAUCAAAUGUAUUGAAGUAACAUUGAGAAGCUUCCCAUACUAUGACAAAAGAAAUAGGUUAUUUAAUAUACAUAUAAACUACUAUAAACGCUAUCAGUGUUAAAUGAGACAUUAUUUGAAAGACAACGUUUUGAAAUUAACUAGUAAAUACAUAACUUUAUACAUACGAGUAUGUGUUGUAAAGUAAUUUAAUUAGAAUAUAACAAGUAAGAGAAAAUUUCAUUUUAAAACUUGGAAAAAGUAUAAGCAAAAUAAAAAAGUAAUAGCUUAUAAUUUUUUUCAAAAUGCACUUCAUAUAAACUAAACUAAAGCUGCACCCUAAAAUAACCUUAGUAAUGUUAAAACAUUAAAACAUAAAAAGAUAACACAAUUUAUUGUAUAAAAUAAAAGGAAUGAAUAAAAAAGCAUAAUACAUAUUUAUAGUGUAUUUCACACAAAAACAUUUGUACAUAAUUUAUAUUACAUACACUAUCAUACCCAAAAUGGUUCAUAAAUCAAAAAUCACUAUAAAACCGCAAAAUUUGUCUACUAUAUCUC